UAUAGCAACACCGUGACAUCGUCACACUGAGUGUAUAUAGUUGCUGUGACAUGGGCAGAGACGUGUGUUCUGGAUGGGAUCCACGCUUCAUACACAAUUUAGUUUAUCUUCAGCCUGUAUGUCGAAACAUCCACAGAAACCACGCUGUCAGAAAGAGCAUGGUCCUCCAUUGACUCUGGCCUCCCUGCAGCAAGUUGGUUUGUUUUGAUAAGAGACUGGUGGUGACAAGACAAGGUGGUGAGGUCACCACUUUGACUCCUUAUCUUUACAGCCAUUUAAAGGAUUUCUGUUUCACUGAAGUCUGACUUGAGUAUCAGGUGCCUGAGAGCUGCUACAACAGGAGGAUGGAGUCAAAGCCAGUGUCUGAGGCCCAGGCCCCAGACAAUAGUCAGACCGAGUCUCUGGACACAUCUGGAUUUGAGGUAACCGCCGUACGACUGGAGCAGCUGAUGAAGAGCAUGGAGGUGCUGUUGUCUGACGUGGAGCAGCUUCGGAGCCACUGUAGCCACCAGGCCACCGAGCUGAUGCGUGCGGCGGUGGAACUUAGGCAACAACAAGAAGACCUGAAGGAGAGUUACUCUGCUUUGUCUCGAGAAAUGCAGGAGAUCAUGGAUACAGUGGACGACCUGUUCAGCACCAAGAGUGCCUUUGAAGCCAAGGAGAAGCAGGCACAGAAACUGAGCCGGCAACUCUGAGGGACAGAGAGCGUCUGAUGGACUUUUGUUUCUCAAUGAGGAGUAGAACAAAACUGUGGGGGGGUGUGGUUUGGGGUUUGGAUGUGGGGUGAGAUGCUGAGGUUUUCAUAGCUUUGAAACAAUGCUUUAAUUAGAUUGGUAAAUAUGUUACAUAAACUUGUUGUUGUGCAACAUAUUCACUGAAAAACAAUAUGUGAAAUAUAUGAUUCUGUAUCACUACAUCAUUCCAGUAAAUGCAGUAUAUUAUACAUAUAACAUCACAGGUUACAGCCUGAAAUAUUGAAACCUCUUUGUCAUAAUUUAAAUAAAACGCACAAGCUUAAGAAGGGAACAAUUUGCAUUGCUCUCAUAUGCAUGCUGCAGUCUUUAACACGCGCAAUGACAAGACCAUACAGAGGUCCAACCUGUGCUGCGUGUCAACAAAUGAUUUACUAUCACUUCUGCUGCCAUCAAAAUAUUUUUUCCUGCCCUCCCACUAACAAACACACACAUCACAGCUAUGAUUUUCCAACCCGGAGGUAUUCUACGCUGACAGUUAAAUAUAUAUGUUACCGAGUCUCGUCUUCCCAGAUGACUCCUCCAGUUCCAAUGUUGCUUUUCAUGGACAGCUGAUGGUACAUCCUUCAUAGUCUCUUCCCACCCAGGCCAUGAUCCACUGUGGUUUCUUACUAAAAUAAACCUAAAUAGAGCCUUAGGGUGAUCUUCACCUCCUACCAGCACCUCUUCUGUGAGUUAUUGGUCUGUAUUUAGUGGUAAGGGAACGUGUGAAUGGGACAGUCAGUGGCCAGCAACCUGAAAAAAAUAAAUCAAUGGGAUACUCCAAGAUCUCUUUCAACCUUAAAUGUUAUUUUAGUGGGUUUCCUUAUGCAGAGUCUUAACAUUUGCAAUGUAUAUAUGCAACCAUUAAAUUAUAUAUACCAACAAUUCUCUUUGUCUUUUUUUUUUGGACUGGAACAAACAUUUUACCCAGUUGUUGCACAAAAGCACAGUUUUGUUUUUGAUCAUUGCUUUACUAAAACAUACUUGAUAAUGAAAAUACGUUAACAUAAAUAGUUUGCAUGAUAUCAAGUCAACAGCCUGAGGGUCGUACCUGUAAACACUCUGCUCCAAAUAGAAAAAAACUCAAAGCUUAUAUUCAACGUCCAAAAAAGAAGUGAAAAUCUUUUGGGGAGAGAAAAAAAACUGUCUCUGUGUGGUUGAAACCUGACACGAUGGGUUGUGGUGUUGGAGAGCAGAAAGGGUGUGAAGAUAGAAAACUGGGUGUCAGUGCCUACCUUCACUACUGAGGUGCACAUCCCUCUGGACUGCUGGUCGACCAGCUGGGGAUUCAUUUCAAGAAGUUCUGCAGUAGCCUCUUAAAGAUGAACAUGAAGAUCCUGCAAAUCCUGGGUCUCCUCCAGGUGCUGGCUGGACCUGCUCUCUCUGCGGUACGGCCUGCCCAUGACUACUGGGGAGAGUUUGGAGCCUAUGGGCCCUGCAGUCGCACCUGUGGCACAGGAGUGUCAAUGAGAGUCAGGAAAUGUAUCACUGCAAGGACAGAUGGAGGACAUAACUGCAUAGGAUCCUCCAAGUCCUUCCGAACCUGUAAUACACAUGAAUGUCCAGUUGGAUCCAGGGACUUCAGAGAGGAGCAGUGCACCCAGUUUGACAGAACAGACUUUCAGAGCAAACGCUACACAUGGGUUCCUUAUUAUGGAGCAUCCAAUCCAUGUGAGUUGAAUUGUGUCCCAAGAGGUGAGAACUUCUUCUACCGACACAGGCCUGCAGUGGUGGAUGGGACACCAUGCUAUGUGGGACGUACUGAUAUCUGUGUGGACGGCAUCUGCAGGAUACUGACCCAUGGGGAGUUUAUGGGCUUGGACGAUGACACUAAUUCCGUACACUCUGCUGCUCCUGUCGUGGUCGCUCCUCACCCAACGGAGACACGCACAUACAUCUACAAAACUGGCGUCUAUGGCGAGUGCUCUGCUGCCUGCAAUGGAGGCAUGCAGUAUCGCACCGUGGAGUGCUGGGCUCAGGAUCCAGCAAACCCUCGUGUGGUGGAGGACACUUACUGCAUUACCCAGCGUCUGCAGAGGCCACAGAGUCAGCAGGCCUGCAACAUGCAUCCCUGUGCUGCUGAGUACAGUGUCUCCAGCUUCAGUGUGUGCUCUGUGACUUGUGGGGAAGGCCAGCAGACGAGGGAGGUGACCUGUGUGGGAGGAGGAGGUGAACGUCUGGCUGAACAUGCCUGCAGGGGACUGGCAAAACCUCCUUCUGUCCAGACCUGCCGCAGACCUGCCUGUCACACGCACAUCACCUGGCAUGUGACUGACUACGGACUGUGCACUAGAAGCUGCAGUGGUGGUGUGAGGGAAAGGAGAGUGGGUUGCUUUGAUACAGAUCUGAACCCCUACCCAGAUGCCCGGUGUGGAACAGAUAGCAGACCCGUCUCUGUGGAGACAUGCAACUCACAGCCCUGCCCCAGAGCACAAACGGUCCCAAGUGUUCAGGACCCAAGAACACAAGAAACCACCAUAAGAGGAUUUGUGCCCCAUGUUCCAGGUGAUCCUUCAGCUUCCAGGCCACAGACAAACAUUGCGGUUGAGCUUUACCCUGCUGUGAUUGGUCCUCACUGUGCGCAGUCAUUCUAUGGCUGCUGUCCUGAUGGCCAUACCUCUGCCACGGGGCCCAGGAACGAGGGCUGCCUCCAAGAUGACUGCGUCCGCACUAGAUACGGCUGUUGUUUGGAUGGGGUGACCCCAGCUCAAGGAUUCGGAAGGGUUGGAUGUCCUGAGUACCAGGCAACUGUGAUUACUGUGCACACGCCACAAGUACUUCCUGCCUCUCCCUCCAGUGGCAAUGUGUGCAUCCUGCCUCGCGAUGAGGGUCCCUGUGAUACUUGGAUGGUUCGCUACUACUAUGACUCAGGCACUAACAAAUGUACCGAGUUCUGGUACGGAAGCUGCCAAGGAAAUGGAAAUAACUUUGUGUCCCUGGAAGCAUGUCAGAGAGAGUGUGGGGGUGUGGUGAGGGAGCGCCCACCUGCACCUCGCAGAGAGAGCACAAGGAGAGGGCCGCCCAGGGGUGCUCUGAGAGCAAGGGCAUAACAAUGCUCAUCACUAGUAGCUCCAAAUCAUGGGAUAAUCAGAGAGCUAAUCACAUGAUAUUUACAUGUAGUAUUUACAUAUACACAGAGACAGAACUUACCUACCUUUCAUUUAAACAUCAGACAUUACAUUAAAAAUGAUCUAGAUAGCCUCACAGCCAUCCCAACUUAUGGUUGUUAUUUGUAUUACUUUUGAUCUUUGGCAUUUUGUUUGUAAUGCUCAGAAUAUUCCUCCAUGUAUUUUGCCUUAGAUAU